CUCUCACACACACACACACCGAGAGAGAAAACGUAAGUCAUAAAGUGUUGUAUCCAGGGGUCAAAUGUGAGAGUCACGUGACUGAAACCAGGAAAUAGAGAAGAGACAUUGCUCCACUGUCACUUCCUUAAUCUUCGGUGCAGGCUUCAAUCAAUGGACUCAUCCAGGAUGGAAAGAAACCAUGUGGAACAUGAGAUCUCCUCAAUUCAGGGCUGUCAAAGCGGAAUCUCUGUGGAUCUCUUCUUGCACCUGUCACUCAUACCUGCAGUGUUGAUUGUAGCCGUGCUCUCCUUCCUCCAGAAGAGAGCACACAGCCUGGCCAUCGACCGCAGACUGCCCUUCCUGGGGCGACGUUUUGGCAUCGUGGUGCCUUUGGAUACUGUCGGCAGCCUCAGUAACCGUUGGUCCUAUGGGUUUGCUUUUGGUGCCGUGUCCAGCAGCGUCCUGCUCCUCUUCUCUGAACGUUACAUCCCCUUCACCGUCCCACCCUGGGCUAGAGCUAUCAUGUACCUGGUUGGAGCUUUAGAAGUGGGCCUGGUGUAUUUUCCUUUCUUUGCCUGUCUGUCCACGCCUUUCAGAGCAGCUGGUGCUUUGCUGGGAAUACUAUACUCUCUGUCCUGGAUCAUCGUCACAGUGUGGGACACAUUCACCUGUCCUGAUGGUAAGAUUUUAGGUCGAUACCAGAAGCUAAUCAUCCAGUGGCCGUGCAUCCUCUCCCUCAUCUUCCUCUUGGGACGAUUUAUCUACAUUCUGGUUAAAGGUGUUCGAAUACGGCUGCAGUUGGAACAGGAGGACCCUGAGGAGCUGAUUGAGCAACACCAGCUGCAGCAUGUGAAGGGACUGCUGAGGAAAACACCAGCACACAGUCAACCACUCAGCUGGUUCCAGAGGCGGGUGUAUGAGUGGGACCCGCACUUCAAGUUCCCCAACAGGAUCAUCGGCACUGCCAUUAUAUCCCUCAUAGGCCUAUAUACAAUGACUCUUGCAGACUACAGUCUCAGUAAUGAGGCUUUUGGCCAAGUAGAAAGGUGGAAGAAUACAUUGCAACAUCUGGUUUCUUCUUGUAACCAGACUGAGGCUCUGGGAGCCAUGAUACCACAGCUGGAAGAAUUCAUUGUCGUGGCUCGGAAGUCUUGGCUAGCUACCACCAUCUUUGCUAGUCUCAACUCUGUUGCGUACACUUUCCAUGUAUUGGCAUGUUACAGGAAACACUUAAAGAGACUGUGGAGAGGACAGAGGGGUUUUCUUCCUGAGAAGUUUCACAAACCCAGUUCUGCUGUCAGCGUAGCUUCCAUUGCAAGAUACUCUGGAUGGCAAAUAGCUUUUACACUAUGGGGCUAUCUGAUUGUCCAUUUUAUCCACUUCCAGUUGGCCCUGAUCGUGGCCUAUGUGCUGGUUAUCCCUAUACAGCAUGGGAAAGUAUUGAUUAUGCUCACCAACCUGGGAAUCAUUGUGCUCACCAUCGGCCUGGUAAUCGGCCUGGUGAUUCUCCAGGUUGCUCUGGUGCAGAUCUUCUUCCUCCAGGACAAAAUAUCUCCGACAGAUAAGGAGAAACCUCUGGCUCUUAACAACAGAACGGACACGGAAGGCAGGUUCCAUCUGUCCAAACAUGCUGUCUGUGACUUCUCGCCGUUCUUCAAGAAGGACGUGUUUGAGUACAGCGUCACCACGGCACCAGCUGAGUCCAAAAACAAUCCAACCCCCACCACCACCUCCUCCAAACUACCAGAGCGUUGUCUCCUCUGA